AUGCAACUUAUUUGGAAAGAAAGCAGGAGCUUCUCCCAGGGAUUAAACGAGAAAUUAACCGGUGACACCUCGCUCUGUGCGAUCGCUACAGGUUCCCCUCGGGAAAUGUUCCAAGGCUUCCUUGGCGACCCUGACUGCGGAUCCCGUGGGAGCUCAUCACCGUCCAUUGAGUCCCAAUACCAUUCCUCGGUGGACUCUUUCGGGAGUCCACCAACCACCAGUGCUCCGCAGGAGUGUGUUUCAGCAGGAGCUGGUUUGAGCAUAGUGAGCACCGUCCCUGGAUCAAGUCCUGAGAUGCCAGGUUCAUUUGUGCCCACUGUGACAGCCAUUACCACCAGCCAGGACCUGCAGUGGAUGGUACAACCAACCAUCAUCUCCUCUCAGGCCUCUGGACAGAGUGUGUCCACAGCUACUUCUACUAUGACUCAGCCCGUGUCGCAGGUUGAUCCAUAUGACCUACCAGGCACUAGUUACUCUUCAGGCCCUGGAAUGACCCUCGUGGGUUCAGACACAACAGGGCCAGGCCCAAUGCGCCAGUCAAGAACCCGUAGCCGUCGCACUCGAGACGUGUCUGUGAGUGAAGAUGGAGAUGUUGAUGUGUUAUUAACACCUGAGGAAGAGGAGAAAAGGCGUGUACGCAGAGAGAGAAACAAGUUAGCUGCAGCCAAAUGCCGAAAUCGCAGACGAGAACUCACAGACAGACUUCAGUCGGAGACUGACAUUUUAGAGGAAGAGAAGGCAGAGUUGGAGGCAGAGAUCUCUGAGCUGCAGAAAGAGAAGGAGCGUCUAGAGUUUGUGCUGGUGGCCCAUCAACCUAACUGCAAGUUGGUGUAUCAGGACCAACCAUCACAAAGCUCAAUGCAGCUGCCAGCUCCAACCUUACAGGGACCAGUAUCGAUUGUGGGUUUGGCCACGAAGGAAGACUCAUUUUAUCUACCCCCCGCAUACUCCAGCCACCAAGCCUCCACACUAUCCCAGCCCGCAGUCCAGCAGCAGCAAGUGCAGCAAGCGCCACAGCCAGGACUAAUACAGGAGAGGGAGCCUGCGGGGUCAGUGCCAACCAGCGGAACAGCAGUAGCGAGCAGUCGUCUGAUUCCCUGA